AUGAGUAAAGUGACGCAGGGAGUUUUUCAGAACAUUCGGGUGUACUGGUUGGCGUUCAUCGUCUAUUGGGGGAUCGUGCUUUUCGGUUACGACACCGGUGUCGGUGGUGGCGUAGUGUCUGCUACCUACUUCAAGGAGCAUUUCGGCCUCAUUAACGCAGACGGGUCGGUCAAUGCCCAGAAGUCAGAUGCGGUAUCGUCAAAUGUCGUCUCGGUCUUGCAAGCUGGUGCCUUCUUCGGUGCCAUCGGUAGCGCACCCCUCUCCGUACGCAAGGGCUCGACUUACGUUUGGGACACAGCCGCCAUCGGACGCAAGUAUACUCUCCUAAUGUUCUCAAUCAUUUUCUCUGUCGGCGCCAUUUUACAAACAAUAUCGGGCGGCUCGCGCGGUAUUGGCUACAUCUAUGGUGGUCGUGUUGUCGCCGGUGUCGGCAUUGGCGCUAUCUCUGCCGUUGCGCCCGCCUUCGUAUCAGAAUGCUGCCCAAAGGAAGUCCGUGGGCGUAUCACUGGCUUCUUCCAGAUAAUGGUGGCUGUUGGUGUCAUGAUCUCAUACUUCAUCAAUCUGGGAAUCAGCCUGCACAUCAAGACUGGCCCAGAGGUCUGGCGUAUCCCGUUCGGCUUCCAGCUCGUGCCUGCGGGCAUUAUGACACUCGGCCUGCUGACGGUGAAGGAGUCCCCGCGGUGGCUCGCGUCGAAGGACCGCACGGAAGAGGCGCUUGCGAACUUGGCGUACCUGCGGCGUCUGCCUAGGGACGACGAGCGCGUCCGCACCGAAAUGGCAGAGAUCGAGGCGGCCAUCCACGAGGAGCGCGAGGCGCGUGCGAGCCUAGGCCUCAAGGAAGCCUUCUUCGGGAAGGGCAACUUCAUCCGCUUCGUCAUCGCCGUCGUCAUCUUCAUCCUCCAGCAAUGGAGCGGCCAAAACUCGGUGAAUUACUAUGCACCGCAGAUCUUCCAAUCGAUUGGGUACACGGGCACGUCGAACUCGCUGCUUGCGUCCGGAAUUUACGGCAUCGUCAAGGUCGUGGCGACGACGCUCUUUGUGUUCUUCCUCGCGGAUACCUGGGGCCGCAAGCUGUCGCUCUUCGUCUCGGCUAUUGGCAUGGGCGUCCUCUUCUUCAUCAUCGGCGCGCUCCUCAAGACGUUCCCACCACCGGCUGACGCUGCGACGCCGCCACCUGCAUCCAAGGCGAUGGCCGCGAUGCUCUACAUUUAUGUCUGUUUCUACUCGCUCGGAUGGGGGCCGCUUCCAUGGGUCUACGUCGCAGAUAUCUUCCCGACACGGACACGGCAUUACGGUCUGGCGACGGCAAGCGCGUCACAGUGGCUCUUCAACUUUGUGCUCUCAAAGGUGACGCCCACAAUGGUCACGGAUCUGGGCUACAAGCUCUUCCUCAUGUUCGCCACAAUCAACAUUGGCGGCAUGGCUGUGUUCACGCUGCUUAUUCCUGAGACGAAGGGCCGCAGUCUUGAGGAGAUGGAUGUCAUCUUCGGCUCCGUCAAGGCCGAGAAGCGCGAAGCGGAUAUCAGGAAACAGGAGAGAGCGAUGGACCACGAGGCGAACGAGACCAAGUCGGAGCGCUCGCUCGAGGGCAAGGGAGCGUCGCUCAGUACGCCCAAGUUCGAGGCGGAGGAAGAGCCGGAGAUCUGGCAGAGAAGUUCGAGCGUCGAGAUCGUGAUCAAAUUGCUGGAUGCACCGGAGACAGAUACUGUCGAUCAAAUCUGA